CGGAAGAGCAGCGUUGGGCUGCUGGUGUUCUAGAGUCCGCGUGUGUGAUUACAGUGGCGCGGCCUCCGAAGUAGAAGUGCUGGCGUCCCGGGGCUGGACACCCAAACACGGCAACCAUGGAAGAAAGCUUCCCCCGAGGGGGUACAAGAAAGACCCACAAAUCAGAGAAAGAGAAAGCUUUCCAGCAGUCAUUUGAACAAGACAACUUAUUUGAUAUUUCUACUGAAGAGGAAUCCACCAAAAGGAAAAAGAUCCAGAAGGAGCCAGCAAAAACAAAAAAGUUGAAAGUUGAAAAGAGAGAAAGCAGCAAGUUUGUAAGAGAGAAGUUUGAAAUCCUUAGUGUGGAGUCCCUGUGUGAGGGGAUGCGGAUUUUGGGUUGCGUGAAAGAGGUAAAUGAACUGGAACUGGUGAUUAGUCUCCCCAACGGCCUCCAGGGGUGUGUGCAAGUGACUGAAAUCUGUGAUGCCUACACUGAAAAGCUGAACGAGCAGGUGGCACGAGAAGAACCCCUGCAGGACCUGGUCAGCUUGCCUGAGCUCUUCUCACCUGGGAUGCUGGUUAGAUGUGUGGUGAGCAGUCUGGGCAUCACAAAGAGGGGCAAAAAGAAUGUCAAGCUGUCUCUGAACCCCAGAAAUGUCAACAAAGUGCUGAGUGCUGAGGCCCUGAAACCCGGCAUGCUGCUCACGGGCACUGUGUCCAGCCUGGAAGACCAUGGCUAUCUAGUGGACAUUGGUGUUAGUGGGGCCAGAGCUUUUCUGCCACUGCAGAAAGCCCAGGAGUACAUCCAACAGAAGAACAAAGGUGCUAAAUUGAAGGUAGGUCAGUACCUGAACUGCCUUAUUGAAGAGGUGAAAGGCAAUGGAGGAGUUGUUAGUCUAUCUGUUGGUUACUCAGAAGUUUCUGCUGCUAUUGCUACUGAGGAGCAAAACUGGACCCUCAACAGCUUGUUACCAGGACUGGUAGUUAAAGCCCAGGUACAGAAGGUGACUCCAUUUGGCCUUAUGCUAAAAUUCCUCUCGUUCUUCACUGGCCUGGUUGACUUUAUGCACCUGGACCCUAAGAAAGCCAGAACAUAUUUCUCAAAUCAGCCAGUACGGGCCUGUGUCCUCUGUGUCCAUCCCCGGACCAGAGCUGUACGGCUGAGCCUGCGCGCUGUCUUCCUGCAGCCCGGGCGUCCACUCACCCGGCUUUCUUGCCAGCAGCUGGGAGCUGUACUGGAUGAUGUUCCUGUCCAGGGCUUUUUCGGCAAUGCUGGGGCCACCUUCAGGCUGACGGAUGGGGCUCUGGCCUAUGCCCGGCUCAGCCAUCUCUCCAAUUCUAAGAAAGUCUUCAAACCUGAGACCUUCAAGCCAGGGAACACUCACAAGUGUAGAAUCAUCGACUACAGCCAAAUGGAUGAACUGGCUUUGCUCUCUCUGCGGACGUCUGUUAUUGAAGCUCAAUUCCUUAGUUAUCAUGACAUCAAACCUGGGGCCUUGGUAAAGGGCAAAGUGAUGACCAUAAAGCCAUACGGGAUGCUGGUGAAGGUGGGCAAGCAAAUCAGGGCCCUGGUACCUCCCAUGCACCUGGCCGACAUCCUUAUGAAGAAUCCGGAGAAGAAGUACCACGCUGGGGAUGGGGUCAAGUGCCGGGUUUUGCUUUGUGACCCUGAAGCCAGGAAGCUGAUGGUGACCCUGAAGAAAACCCUGGUUGAGUCCAAACUUCCUGCCAUUACCUGCUAUGCCGAUGCUAAGCCUGGUCUGCAGACACACGGCUUUAUCCUCAGGGUCAAGGACUACGGCUGCAUCGUGAAGUUCUACAAUGACGUGCAGGGACUGGUGCCCAGGCAUGAGCUCAGUGCCGAGUAUAUCCCUGACCCAGAGAGUGUCUUUUACACUGGCCAGGUGGUGAAGGUUGCAGUGCUGAACUGUGAGCCAUCCAAAGAGAGGAUGCUCUUGUCCUUCAAGCUGUCUGGUGAUUCGAAGAAAGAAUGUGCGGGACACAGUCAGAAGAAAAAAAAGGCCAUUAACGCUGGGCAGUUGGUGGAUGUGAAGGUUCUGGAGAAGACCAAAGAUGGGCUGCAGGUGGCUGUCCUGCCUCACAACGUCCCCGGCUUCCUUCCCACGCCUCAUCUGUCAGACCACGUCACCAACGGCCCACUGUUGCAUUGCUGGCUCCAGGCAGGUGACACCCUUCACAGAGUUCUGUGUCUGAGCGAGGGUGAGGAGCGUGUUCUCCUUUGCAGGAAGCCAGCUUUGGUGUCUGCAGUAGAGGGUGGCCAGGAUCCCAAGAGCUUCUCGGAAAUCCAUCCUGGAAUGCUGCUUAUUGGUUUUGUGAAGAACAUCAAGGACUACGGUGUGUUCGUCCAGUUCCCGUCAGGCCUUAGUGGACUGGCUCCCAAAGCUAUCAUGAGUGACAAGUUUGUGACCUCCACAAGUGACCACUUUGUCGAGGGGCAGACGGUGGUUGCUAAGGUGACGAACGUGGACGAGGAGAAGCAGCGGAUGCUGCUGUCGCUGCGGCUGUCGGACUGCACUCUGGGGGACCUGGCCACCACCAGCCUCCUCCUCCUGAGCCAGUGCCUGGAGGAGCGGCAGGGCGUCCGUAGCCUCAUGAGCAACCGAGACUCUGUGUUGAUCCAGACGCUGGCUGAGAUGACCCCAGGGAUGGUCCUUGACCUAGAGGUGCAGGAGGUGUUGGGAGACGGCUCUGUACUGUUCAGUGAGGGCCCAGUGCCCGGCCUGGUCCUAAGAGCCAGCAAGUAUCAUCGGGCAGGGCAGGAGGUGGAAUCUGGGCAGAAAAAGAAGGUUGUGAUCUUAAAUGUUGAUAUGUUGAAGUUGGAAGUACAUGUUUCCCUCUGCCACGAUUUGGUGAAUAGAAAAGUUAAAAAGCUGAAGAAAGGCAGUGAGCACCAGGCGAUUGUGCAGCACUUGGAGGAGUCCUUUGCCCUUGCCUCCUUGGUAGAGACUGGCCAGCUAGCAGCUUUCUCCCUGACCUCUCACCUCAAUGACACCUUCCGCUUUGAUUCAGAGAAGUUGCAGGUGGGACAGGGUGUCUCCCUAACCCUCCAGACCACAGAACCAGGAGUGACGGGUCUUCUUUUGGCCGUUGAGGGGCCAGCUGCUAAGAGGACCAUGAGACAGACCCGGAAGGACUCUGAGACGGUCGACGAGGAUGAGGAAGUAGAUCCAGCUCUGGUUUUAGGGACUGUAAGGAAGCACACCCUGUCCAUUGGGGACAUGGUCACAGGGACCGUCAAGUCCAUUAAGCCCACCCAUGUGGUUGUGACCCUGGAAGAUGGCAUCAUUGGCUGCAUCCAUGCCUCCCACAUUCUAGAUGAUGUUCCAGUGGGCACAUCUCCUACUGCCAAGCUGAAAGUUGGGAAGAAGGUCACUGCCCGAGUGAUUGGUGGGAGAGACAUGAAGACAUUCAAGUUUCUCCCAAUAAGUCAUCCCAGAUUUAUUCGAACCAUCCCGGAGCUGAGUGUUCGGCCAAGGGAAGAGAAGAGACGUUUGUAUCUGCCCAUUCCAUUUCUCCUCCUGUUUUUUUUCCCCCAGUACAAUGUGGUUAAGAAAUGGCUUGAGGUAGACAUCGCUCCAGACAUCCGGGGGAGAAUUCCCUUACUGCUCACUUCUCUUAGCUUCAAGGUUCUGAAACAUCCAGAUAAGAAGUUCCGGAUUGGCCAGGCCCUGAAGGCCACCGUGGUUGGCCCAGAUUCCUCCAAGGCCUUCUUGUGUCUUUCACUCAUAGGUCCUCACAAGCUCGAGAAAGGGGAAGUGGCCAUGGGCCGCGUGGUGAAGGUGCUUCCCAAGGAGGGACUGACCGUCUCCUUCCCCUUCGGGAAAAUGGGAAGAGUCAGUAUAUUUCACGUGAGUGACUCCUACUCAGAGACGCCCCUGGAAAACUUUACCCCACAGAAGAUUGUCAGGUGUUAUGUGCUGUCCACUACAGGCCCUGUAUUGACUUUGUCACUGCGAUCGUCCAGGACGAACCCGGAGACGAAAAGCAAAAUAACAGAUCCUGAGAUUAACUCCAUCCAGGAUAUUGAGGAAGGGCAGCUCCUGAGGGGCUAUGUGAAGUCCGUCCAGCCGUCCGGUGUGCUCUUAGGCCUUGGCCCCUCAGUUACAGGUUUGGCCCAAUACCCACGUGUAUCCCAGUACAGCCUGUCCAAGAAUUCCCCUUAUGACGGGUAUCUCCCCGAAGGCAAGCUGCUCACAGCCAAGGUCCUAAGCCUGAACCGCCGGGAGAACCUGGUAGAGCUGUCAAUCCUCGCCGACGACACUGGAAAGCCGGACGUGUUUUCUGCCUCCCUGGGACUGCCACUUCCGAAGCAAGAGGGGAGGGAAACAGAGGCAGAGGAGAGAGACCACAAAGGAGAAGAAGAGAAGGAGAGGAAGAAUCAGAAACAGAAAGAGAAGAGGAUUGGGAAGGGGCAGGAGGGGGCACAGCUGCCCAGCAAGGAGAAGAAAGAGCCCCGGAAGCCCCAGGCGAAGAAGCUGGGCAAGCGGCCGCGCCCAGAGUCUGGCAGUGAGCAGGAAAGCGGGAACAAGAGGCAGAGGAGAGCUGCCCCGUCCGAGGAGGACGACAGUGGUGUGGAAGUGUACUACCGGGAAGGAGAAGAGGAGGUGGAGGAGACGGGUGUGCGGCCCCGGGAGAAGCAGACCAGGCCGGCAGAAGCACCCCGGCUGCAGCUGUCUGCCGGCUUCGUUUGGGAUGUGGAGCUGGACACUCUGACCCCGGCCUUGCCACCUCACGGAGAGAGCUCCGACAGCGAGGAGGACGAGAAGCCAGAGCAAGCCACGCAGAGGAAGAAAAGCAAGAAGGAAAGGGAGCUGGAGAAGCAGAAGGCAGAGAAAGAGCUGUCCCGCAUUGAGGAGGCGCUGAUGGAUCCCGGGCGGCAGCCGGAGUCGGCAGAUGACUUUGACCGUCUCGUGCUGAGCUCCCCCAACAGCUCCAUCCUGUGGCUGCAGUACAUGGCCUUCCACCUGCAGGCCACAGAGAUCGAGAAGGCCCGGGCCGUGGCCGAGAGGGCGCUCAAGACCAUCUCCUUCAGAGAGGAGCAGGAGAAGCUGAACGUGUGGGUGGCCCUGCUGAACCUAGAAAACAUGUACGGCUCCCAGGGGUCGCUGACCAAGGUCUUCGAGCGGGCUGUGCAGUACAACGAGCCUCUCAAGGUCUUUCUCCAUCUGGCUGACAUCUACACCAAGUCAGAAAAAUUCCAGGAAGCUGGUGAACUUUACAACCGGAUGCUGAAACGUUUCAGGCAGGAGAAAGCUGUCUGGAUCAAAUACGGUGCCUUUCUUCUGCGGAGGGGCCAGGCCGGGGCCAGUCACCGCGUGAUGCAGCGAGCCCUCGAGUGCCUGCCUAAGAAAGAGCACGUGGAUGUGAUUGCCAAGUUUGCCCAGCUUGAGUUCCAGCUGGGGGAUGCGGAGCGCGCCAAAGCCAUUUUCGAGAACACGCUGAGCACCUACCCAAAGCGCACGGAUGUCUGGUCGGUCUACAUCGACAUGAUCAUCAAGCGUGGCAGCCAGAAGGAAGUCCGGGACAUCUUUGAGCGGGUCAUUCACCUGAGCCUGGCCCCCAAGCGAAUGAAAUUCUUCUUCAAGCGCUACCUGGACUACGAGAAGCAACACGGCACCGAGAAGGACGUGCAGGCGGUAAAGGCGAAGGCCCUGGAAUACGUGGAGGCUCAGAGCUCCAUGUGGGAGGACUAGUGGCCAGCUGGCUCCGAGGGCACUGGUGGCAGUGGGCCAGCCAGACCGACCCUCAGGCGCCUGGGCAGUUGAGAAACUGUGUUGCCUGAGGACUCUGUUUAAGUGUUGCUUUUUCUGCAGCAUCCGUGGGG